GACAAAUUUUAGGAGGAAAUUUAAAAUGAAACGGAUUUCCGUGUAUUUAAUUAUUUGUUGAUUACUUUCUUUUUACACACUGAAGACUGUAUGGUGUGGCUAAUAAGACGAAAGGAUGGUGUUUCACCAAUAUUCCCUCUUCGUGGAUGCUUUUGUUUGGAUAAUCGUUUGGGUUGCUUUAUCUCGACCAUAACUACAGCAAUUAGUUCUGCUAUUUCAUGGGUAUUUGUGGUUCUAGAUUUGGUCACUUGGGCAAUCCCAGAUUUCGUUAUAGAUCCUCAGUUCCCAACGUAUUGGCGUAUUAGAUUUUGGAAAGGCUUCAUAUUGUGUGAUAUUUUCAUGUUUUUUGCAAAUCUCAUUCUUCUGAUAAUGUCCGUAAUUGUGAUUGUUGCUAUUUCUUGGCCAGCGAGAUACAGACUUUAUCACUUGAAAUCAUAUCUCCGAGCCUGGUGCAUAAUCAUGGUUCUGUAUCAGAUCGCUAAUCUAGGAGUUGGUGUGUAUACGUACUCUUGGUAUGGACUAGCUGCAUGGCGUGCACCGUACUUGAUCUUCAGUGUGAUGUAUUUCAUUGUGUGUUACGUUCUCUAUGUGAGUUGAGGUUUGUUUCAUCUUCUGCGUUAUGUCAAAUUUUCCUGUUGGUCGUUGUCACUGCGUCGUUGUCCAAUCAGUGUAUUAACAUUUGUUUUCAUUAUAAUAUAAUAUGCUAUCGUUAAUUUUUUUUGCAGCUAUGGUGUUGGAUAAUUUGUUGGUCGUAUAAGGUAGAGAUUGAUAUCGCACUUGAAACCGAGGAUGAUAAAAUGGCGGUUUACAUUUAUUCGCAAGUAGACGAAAACAGUCUGAGAACUGGAAUCUCUUCAUUUUACAAUUAGCAUACACUUCUUUCAAAGACUAAAAACUAAUUGUGUUUCUUGUUUUAGGUCGGGUUUUUGAUAGUUGGAUAUUCAUAUUAUUCAGAAAUCAGGCUGGCACUAGUUGGAGAAGGUGAUCCCGAAGUUCUACAGGAAAUCAACUUUCUAAGUGGAGCUGCGAGUACAAUGUCACCUCAUAUCUAUACCUUCCCACAGAACCAAAAGAUAUAAGCUUUGCUGUUUUGAUACUAGUGUCACUGAGUACAUAAUGUUUUGACUUCUGUCAUUGUAAUGAUUCCAAACAAAAUUGUUUGGAGGCGAUCGAGUGUCAAAGUCUUGUUUGUGAGAAAACUUUUUACUGAUUUCUACGUCAAGACACUUUAACUUGUUGUAUAAUUUUAACUGAACCUUGCCUUUUUUAACAUAUUAUUCCUUUGUGAAAGAAACUUUAUGCCUUUUAAUGAUUUACUUGUUGAUAAGUGUGUAUAUAUUUGUUCAUUACCAAUUCAGAUGUUUGUGCAGUUUUUAUAUAUGUGGUUUGACAUUAUUUACAAUUUAUGAUGAUCUUUAUGCAGAAGAAUAUCAAGCGUUCCGCAGUUUA